AUGUGUGAUCCACUCGUAUACCUCCAGUAACCCUCACCAGCACCAUGGAUCCUGCCAGUGACAUCGCGAUACUGUCUCGUCUCCGAGCCAUCCGGACAGCGGAGGAGCGCGGGGACUCGCGGGUGCAGCGCGCGCUCGCCGGAGCCACCGUCUUCAUCACCGGAGGCACCGGCUUCCUGGGGAAACAACUCAUUGAGAAACUUUUCAGAUCCUGUCGGGAUAUCAAGAAGAUUUAUCUUCUUUCGAGAGACAAGAAGGGUAAAUCCAUGGAAGAGAGACUGAAAAAGACUUUAGAAGACCCUGUAUUUGAAGAAGCUCGCAAGGUGAACCCUUACUUCGAGAAGCGGCUGGUGCCGGUGGCCGGCGACGUGGCGGAGCUGAGGCUCGGUCUGAGCGACGAGGACUGGAAUAUGCUUGCUGAGGAGGUAAACUACAUUUACCACAUCGCAGCCACCGUUCGAUUCGAUGAGCCCCUAAAAGUGGCCAUCCUCACCAACGCCCGCGGUACAAGGGAAGUCAUAACCCUGGCCAAGGAGACCAAGAACCUGAAGACCUUCGUCCACGUAUCCACGGCUUACUCCAACUGCUAUAAUGAGGAGACAUUUGAAAAAUUCUACCCAACUCCUGUGUCUGCGCAAACGAUUAUUGACCUUUGUGAAACCUUUGAUGAGGAUCGUCUGCAAGCUAUCACUCCGCAUAUCCUGGGGGGUUGGCAAAACACAUAUUGCUUCUCGAAAGCCAUAGCGGAAGAAGCCGUCAGGAGUUACGCCACGGACAUCCCAACCUGUGUGGUGCGACCUGGGAUUGUGGUUCCGGCUGCGUGUGAGCCAGCGCCGGGCUGGCUGGACAUCAGCUGUGUGUCCGGACCAAGUGGUUUAAUGUUAGGCACAGCCACCGGCGUGAUCCACACGUCGCUCGUGAACCCCGACGCUAAACACGACAUCGUCCCAGUAGACUACGUCACCAACCUCACCAUCGCCGCCACGUGGGACACCGUCCAGCGCUACGAAAACGGACACAGAGACAUCAAGAUAUACACCGUUUCUAACAUUAGGAACUUUGUCAGUUGGAUACGCAACAUGGCCACCGCCACUAAGCGCUCGGACACCCUCAUGGUGAGCGAGGUGCUCGCCUUCGUUCAGAACAAGCUGGACACAAUGGACGUGAUCAGCCUCGAGCAGAUCUGUCUGACCAGCUUCAAGGAGGCUGAGCUUGCCGCCGCCAAGAAGCUGCUCGCCGACACCGCCACCACCGCCGUACGCCUCGUGCCGCGCCGGGGCGAUGGCUCCAUGAAGAGAGACCUGCAGGACAUCAUCCGGGUGUUCCAGGAGACCGAUCCGGAUGAUAUCCCGACGUACGUAGCUCGGGACCUCUAUAAGCUGCCGCCGGUUACAUUUGACCACGUCGAUGUGACCCGGCUGCUCAAGGACAUCGUCCUGUUGAGGGCCGAAAUAGAUGAAAUACGGGGUAAAUUAGAAGCCUCGGAACGUGCCAGCGCAUCGAUGCAACGUGAGUUGUCGACGAUGCGCAAUGCUGACGCUGCGGUCGCCGCGUCGCCGCCGCCUGCGCGUGAAGUGCAAGCGCAGCGAGUUCCGGUGACUGCAAGCAUUGCAACUGACACCGUUUCGCGGCGGGUAAAUGACCCGCCGCCUGCGACCUACGCCGAGCGGACACGUGACGCCGCGUGCCCGCUGCGAGCCGCCGCCCCCGCGCCGCCGCGCCCCGCUGCUGCUGCACCCUCCACCACCAGGAGCCAGCAGGAGGCCGUGCCCGCGCCCCCCCGCCCUCGCCCCCGCCCCCGCCGCCGCCGUCGAGCCGCGCCGCACGCUGCACCCCAGGUGACGCUAGCGGCUGCCGGAGCUCCGGCGGCGCCCCCCCGCGCCCCGCGCAACGCGGUCGUCGAUAAGGAUGGCUUCAUCUUGGUGGAGAAGAAGAGCCCCCGUCGCCGCAACCGCAACAAGCGCGGCACCGCCCCGGCCGCCUGCUCGCUGAAGGCCGCCACGCCCACGGUCGACAUCUACGUCUCCCGCGUCCACGCGAAUAUGGCGCAUGACAACAUCAUGCGCUAUGUUAAGGAGAGGAGUGUCGGCCGCACCGAACAGCCAGUCCAGGUGCUGGCAAUCGAGAGGCUGCAGUCCGCCAAGCAGACGGACUUCAAGUCCUUCCGUCUUCGGGUUCCCGCCGACCAGCAGAAGGUUCUACUGGACAAAGACUUCUGGCCUGCGGGAAUAGUUUUCCGUCGCUACAGGGAGGCGAAACAGACUAUUAAAUCCCCUGUUACUAGAGUUUACACGGACGUUUUUGAAUCGGUGGGCAGAAAACUUUUAUCUCCUAAGACGAUAUGGUAUUGUGGAACAGUGGAGGCAUACAACGAAUAUACCUACUUUCUGUUCUCACUUUUCCUACACUUCAUUCCGGCAUUCUUUGUUGAUAUUGUGUUAAAAUUAAAAGGGAGUGAAUUUAGGCUCCUAAAAGUCUACAAGAGGGUUUACAAACUCAACAGAAUCAUUAGUUUCGUCCUCCUGAGGCCUUUCCGUCUUCAUGACGACAACACCUUGGAUCUCUUCAACCGACUCUCCGACACUGACAGAACCAUCUUCAACUUUGACGUGGCCGAUAUCGACUUCAACGUCUACGUCAAAUACUGGUGGCUUGGGCUCAGGAAGUACAUCAUUAAAGAUGGAUUAAAAGGCACUGACGAGGCUGUAAGAAAGCAGAAGUGGCUGAAGGUUUUAAAUUACGUUCUCGUCGUUUUGUAUGCGUUCGUUGUUUGCAAACUUUUGGUGUUUACAGGGUCGGUUGUUUGGGCUGGACUCAGAUGUUUGUUUUAAUGUUUUGUUGAAAUAAACGCUGUCCGUCGUUAUUGUCGUCUUUUAUUUUUCAUCAUCAGCACCCAAAAAAAUCAGCUAUGGAUAUACAUCAUUCAACGCGAGCCAACAUAACUUGUGCCCGUAAGGCGAAGCUAAUGUAAUUAUUUACUACUUAUAAUAAUCAUAAUAAAAAUUAAGUUUAAUACGUACUUAUAUAAUUUUUGGUACGAGUAGGUAG